UUUUCCUUUUAUUCUCUCUCUCUGGAAUCAAUCGAGCGGAGUUCUGAGCUGAGCUGAGAAAAACCCUAAUAUCUCCUUUUCCAUCGUCUUCUCCCGAUUUCUACAAGCAUGAGUCGAUCAGGUCAGCCUCCGGAUCUCAAGAAGUACAUGGAUAAGAAGCUCCAAAUUAAGCUAAAUGCCAACAGAAUGGUGGUUGGAACUCUCCGUGGGUUUGACCAGUUCAUGAAUCUUGUUGUGGAUAACACUGUUGAAGUCAAUGGUGAUGACAAAACUGACAUUGGCAUGGUGGUGAUAAGAGGAAACAGCAUUGUCACCGUUGAAGCUCUUGAACCAGUUGGAAGAUCUUAGUUUUUUUUUUUUUAUUACAUUGCACUAUCUGUAGUGACUUCCUGUAUUUUGACUCUCUCUCUGUAUUGGAACUUAAUUAGUAGAACUAUCAGCUGAAUCGAUCAUGAAGAAGUUUGAUAUGAUGAAUUUACUCUUCUUUGUCUA